AUGGCGGGAGUCGCUUUCAAUGAAUACGGCGCCUUGUCCGGUAAGGUCGAGGCCGUCUACGGCACCGAUCCGAUCCCCACCGAGGGGCUAAAGAUCGUGGGCCAGCCGACCUACACCCACGACGACACCUUCGAGCAACCCGAGUUCUUGCAGCUCGAGAACACCUCCGAAGCCGCACCUCGACAGCACAACAAGCUCGACCUGAGCUUUCAGUGCGCGGUCGGAUACAUGGAGGACAUCGAUGACGGCCUCGCCGCAAACCACGAGGUCUACAUGGCGUGUGGGUUUGGCAUCCACGACCAGGCGGGUGUCGGUGCCGCGGGCUCCGGGAACUAUAUCGAGUACCGUCCGCUCUCGGCGGGCUACAACUCGGCGACGUUCUAUGGCUACCUCAAGGAGGACUCGGCAUCCGAGCUCACGAUCCUCAAGCACCGGGGCUCGCGCGGCGGCUUCAACCUCCAGGUCGAGGGCGGCAACCCGAUUCUGCAGGAUGUCACGCUCUCGGCGCUCCAUGGCUUCUGGGAGCCGUUUGCCGAUGACGCCACCAACGUCCCGCCGACGCGCAUCGGGCGUGGGGUGGGUUACCACGAGUCCGACUGUGUGACGGCGACCAUCGACGGCAACGUGGUCGAGAUCGUCGCGUUCUCCUACAACCCCGGCUACGAGGCAGUGGUCCCGGAGAACGAGAUCACCGCAUGCGAUGCCGGUGUCACCGAGAUCGACCUCAACGACGGCGAUCACACCGGACAACUAACGCUCAAAUUCAACAAGUCGCUUAUCGACGGCACCGACACCGAGGACUGGCUCAAGCAGGCCCACGACAACGACGUGGACUUUGCCUUCGUGCUGACACGGGAUGAUGGCGUCCAGAUCUUCCAGAUCACGAUGCCGAAGAUGCGCUUCCAAAGUUUCGACAUCCAGGAUGGCAACAACGACCGAAAAGUUGUUGUCAUCGACUACGUGGCGCAGGCCGACGCCGGCAACGAUCAGUGCACGAUCCGACACGAGGAGUACUGGAUCCCCCCUCAAAUCCUCGCCGAGGCCGAGCGCAUCGCCGAGGAGAAGGGCGUCGCUGUCGAUUACAACGCGCUGCCACGCUUCUACUACCGCCCGCCCUCGGGGCGAGAAUACCUCGCGUGGCGCCGCGCGGAUCGCAUCGUCGAGGAGCGCGAGAGAACCGAGCGCGAGGAUCACGGCAAGAAGGUGCUCGAGCUGCUCGCCGAUCGCGUCGUGCGCAUCAAGGGCGAGGGCACGCCUGGCGAGAUGGUCAAGAUCGAGGUCGGACCGUGGUUUCUCGAGGGGAAAGACCUCGAUGAAAUCCGCGCGUUCGUCGAGCGUCGGGAUGGAGAAGAACAAGAGAAAGAGGAGGGGGAGGAGGCCGCCAAAAACGAAGCGAUGCUCGAGGAGAUGGCCGACAAGGUGGUCUAUCACGAGGCGCUCGUGGGUGAAGACGGCUCCUGGGAUAUGAUCUGGCGUCCCAUGACGUUCCGCGACUACAUCCCCGACUUCAACAACUUCGAGCACCACAUCGAGCUCGCGCUCCUGUGCAUCACGCGUGUCGAAGGCCUCGCUUUCGCUGGAGAGAAGCUCGACUGGAAGAAUCCCACACAGGUCCGGGAUGAGCAGCGGACAAAAAAAAAGCUGAAGGACUUCUUCGAGAAAUGUUUCUUGAAGAAGCGGCCCGCGCUCCUCUCUGACCGCCCCAAGAAAGAGCUCGCCUUCGAGCUCGCGCACCAGCGCACAGGUCACGGUCCCUUCUGUGGUGGCGUCUUCGGUAAGACGAAAUUUCCAUGCCAUGCGUGCGAGUCCGAGCACGCCAAGAUCAUGGAGAUGGACGAGAUCAAGAUCCUCAAGGAGCUCGGCGCCGACAUCCCGGAGUCCUGGCUCGACACCGACGAUCCCUGGAUCGCGCACCAGGCCAACACCUACAUGGUCACGAUUCGAGAAAAUCGCAUCGGGAACCUGCUCGAGGAGCCGAUGUGGAUGCUCCAACUCGCCCAGAUCGGUGAUGAGGCGAACAACAGCGCCGAGGAUGAUCUCAAGCAGCUCAGGCGCGAUCUCGAUAAGGUCGACGACGAGACGAACGAGUUCAGGCGGGGUCAGAAGCGCACCGAAGAUACGGUGCGCAAGACCAAGGAGGAGAUCAAGCGCGAGGCCAAGGAGCUCCGAGAGCUUCGUCGCCGCCUCAACGCCGCGGCCACAGCUUCGAGCCGCGCCGGUGGUGGUUUCGGUCGUUCGGCGUCUUCGCUACUUCGGGGGGCGAGCGCGGCCGGGAAGUUCGGCCUCGCGGCGGCGGGUGUCGCCGAGGCGUUCAACGUUAUUGGCGUCGCGGCCGAUGGUGCCGCGCGCGCGGUCGAGAUCCAGGCGAAGGUGCUCAAGGACUCGAUCCAGACUGCCGCCGAAUUCGAGCAAGAGCUUACACGUGUCAACGCGCUCGUGGGUGGAGGCGCCGAGGAGUUUGCGACCCUUCGGAAAUCUGCGAUCGAAGGAGGCAAGUCUACGCUGUUCAGCGCGCAGGAGUCCGCUGAGGCGCUCCGUUUCCUGGCUCAGGCAGGGUUUGACGCGCGUAAGUCAGCCGCGGCCCUGCCUGGCACCUUGCAGCUUGCCGGCGCCGGGAUGCUCGAUCUUGGCAAGGCCGCAGAUAUCGCCACGAACGUGCUCACCGGUUACGGCCUCAAGGUCGAGGAACUCGGGCGCGUCAACGAUGUGCUCGUCAAGGCAGCGUCGUCGUCGAACACGAGCGUGACCGAACUUGGACGCGCGUUUGGCUACGCGGCGGGUCUCGCAGAUGCGACGAGCCAGGACUUCGAAAACAUCGCUGCGCUGUUCAGCGAACUGGCGAACUCGAGCAUCAAGGGACAGCAAGCCGGCCGCGUGGUCGCCAACGCUAUCCAGCGACUUACCAAGCCGACCGCCGAAGGGCGGGAAGUGCUCAAGAAGUACAACAUUGCCCUUCAAGAGACCGAUGGCACCACAGGAACGGCGGGUGUCGAAGGGUUUGCGGCAUCCUUCGAGAACGCGAGCGGUGCGGCGGCCAAGUUUCAGGAAGUGGUCCAAGACACCGCGUCUGCGAAGGUCCGCAUCCUUCUGUCCACGCUCGAGACGCUCUCGAUCGAGGUGGGCUCGCGUUUCACUCCGGCGCUCAAGGGCGGCGCCGCAGCACUCUCAGAGAACGCUGAAGCGCUGGCAGAUAACACAGAGUUCCUCGACCAGUUCGAAAUCAUCGCCGAGGAUGCCACGGCCGCGGCUAGGGAGUUGCUGCUGGUUGCCGCGGAACUGGUUCCUGUGGUCACGGUGCUUGGCGGGGUCACGCUCGAACUGGCCAAAAACUCGAGGCUCUUGGCGCUCGGCUUCAAGCAGGCGGGUCGCGUCGCGCUCGCGACGAGCGGCAACUUCCAGCUCGCCGCAGAGGGGCUCGCCGAUGACCUCGUGCGUGGCUACGAACUCGCCGAAGAAGAUGCAAUCAAAGCUCUCGGUCUCGCGGACACACGCACAGGGCUCGAGAAGUUCCAGGACUUCUGGGACGGUCUCGGUACCAGCGUCAAAAACGCAGAAGCCGCGGUCAAGGACUUCUACUCCACGAUCUCCACGGCACCACCGCCGCCCCCCGUGCUCGCGUUCCCAGAGCCCGAGGUCCCCGAAGGUUCCACCAGGGAGCGCGAGGCCCAGCUCGAUAUCGCGAGGAUUCAGCUUCGUAUCGCCAAAUCCACGGACGAGAUCGAGCGCGCCAGGCUUGGCGCCGCGAUCAAGUUCCGCGAGCUCAAGGUCCGCGAAACCGAUGAGGAUAUCGCUGCGCUGGAGCGCCAGCGCAUCUGGGCAGAGCUCGAGAACGAGAUCGAGGGCAUCCGCAAGCGCCGCAAGCCUCGCGGACCCACCUCCGAGGAGCUCGCGUUCAUCAACGAGCAGGCACGCCUCGAGCUCCGCAUUCUCGAAGCAACCGACGAGCGCCAGCGCAUCGAACUCACCGCGCUCUCGAAGCGUCAGGCCAUCGCCGAGCAAGUCAGAAAGAAAGAGCUGACAAGCGCUCAGGCUCUGACCGCGCGCACUCGCGUGGCCAUCGAGACCGAAGAAGCCAUCGACGAGCUCGCGAAGCGGCGCGCCAAGGAGCAAGAGGAGGCGGACAGAAAACGCCUCGAUGCGAGGCGCGCGGAGUUCGAGCUUCGAUCGCGCACCCUGGAUCAGGAGCUCGAGAUCGCGAGGCUUCAGGGCGCGUCCCCCGAGCGUCUGCGUCAGCUCGCGUUGGAGGCGCGCUACGCUCAGAUCGCAGCGAGCUCUGUCUCCGAGCAGGAGAAGAUCCGCGCCAGGCUCAUCGCGAGGCUGGAGUCCGAGAACGCGGCACGCAAGGGGCGCGCCCGCGAGCUCGAGUUCCAAUCCGAGCUGCUCAGUAUUGCCCAGGCAAACCUGAGCGAUGAAGAGCGGCGCGCGAAACUCGGCGCGCUGAGGGCAAAGUACGAGAGGGAUGUGGCUGACGCUCUCGAAGCGCAGAAGCUGGAACAAGCCGCACUCAUCCGCUCGACCAUUACAGGAGCCACGGACACCAGUGGUGCCCAGGCAUUGCUUGGCGACGAGCAAGCAAGGAGCGCCUCGGCUCGUCAGGCCGAGAUCGAGCAGCUGCGCCGUCAACGAGAAGAGGCGGGCAACGCCGGCGCGAGCACAGAGUUCCUGGAGCGUCGCAUCGAGCUUCUGGAGCGCGAAGGAGAACUCGAGAGACGUAAUCAGGAGCUCUUCCAAAAGCGUCUCGAAACGUUCUCCCAGAUCGGCACAGAGCUUGGCCAGCUCACCGAGGCAUCUCUGGCGGCAGCGGCAGCAGCCGAAGAUACAGCGGAAGCACACGAGAAGCAGGCCGCGGCGCUCGCUGCGGCGACGCAGCUUGCCGGCUCGCUCACCGGGGCCUUCGUCAAGGACCUGAAGCGGCGCGCCCAGCUCAACGCCAUCUUCAACGCUGCGGCGGCCACGGCUGCGCUCGCGGGCUAUUUCACCUCGGCGGGGUCAGCGGGGCACUUGUUGUCCGCGGCGAUCAAGCACGGCGCCGCGGCGGUCCAGUUCGGCGUCGUGGCGGGGACCGCUUCGGCAGGUUCUGGCUCGGGUGGUGGUUUUGGCGGGGGCGCUGCGGCGAAUGCCGCGAGCUCAGGCAGCGCGAGCAAUGUCGUGGACCUGGACAGCGAGCGCGUCAGGAGCGCGGAGUACCUGGCGAACGCCAUCGCGGCGCGCUUCGAGCAGCCCACCGAGACGGUCUACAACUUCUACAUGUCUGGCCCGAUGCUCGCGAACGCGCCGGACACCGCAAGAGAGCUCAAGUUGUUCGGCCUGUCCCCGGAUGACCCCGACUUCGGGGAUGUCGUGAUCGAGGCUGGCGAGUGGCACUCGCCAUACGCCAUCGGCGGGGUGUGGCGCACCCCGAGGCGUGCCGUGAGCAAGUUCGGGGAUACGGAAUACGAGCAGUAUGACUCUGGACCCGAGGAUCAGAUCCGGUGGCGAGAGUCCACCUUUCGCGAGCUGCUCUAUGGCAGGGUGCCCGCGGGGCUGGUGCGAAAGACACGCGCAGCAGAGGACAUCCGGUGGGCCAGAGCCGCGGGGCUCGCGCACUACGACACGAACAACAACCUCGAGCGCCUCUGGGAAGAGACGAUGGCUUUGAAGAAGCCAUUCCUCGUCUUCCACGGGCACGCGCUCGCCGGGACGCUCGAGAUGCCGGCUUCGGGUGUCGAGAUCGCGAGACUCCGUGAGCUCGAGCAGCGCAGCAAGAAGAGCGCGCUGUGGACGGACAUCCAGAACCGCGGCGAGAAGUACUCGGACGUCGCCAAACCCGACGAGUGGCAGGAGCACACCCUCAAGGAGCUGCCUCGCGGGGUGUCCUCCUCGAUCGAUCCUUUCAAGCGCGAGUGGGCAAACUCCGCGUUUGUCUUCAGGCUCCCCGCCACACAGAACGUCAUGAAGACCUUGAUGUGGCAAGUCAACGAGCCCUUCGCCUUGCUCUCAGCCGAUGUCGGCGCCGCGGACACGACGCUCCCCAUCGAUGUCCCAGGCCUCGAUGGCGAGGUCAUUUUCAUGGGGCGCGAGACCAUCCGGCUCGGCACCUACAGCAGUGGCGAGUACAUCGACUGUGACCGCAACUGGUGGAGCUCCAGCGCGAGCGAGCACAGCGCGGGCCAACCCGUGUUCGCGGGUCCACCCAAGCUCAAGGAUCGCCAGGUCUGGAUCGUCCAGGUCGAUCUCGCGACGCGCACGGUCAAGCGCAAGUGGACAGGCUUCUUGCAGGACAUCAGCACCGACUCGACCUUUACCACGGUGGAUGUGCAGUGUGCGGAGUUCUUCUCCUCGAUCGCGAGGCUUCGGCUCAACCAGGACGCGAAGAACCUGGCCAUCGGGUCGAGCCUCGAGCGCGUGCAGACACCCACUGGGGAUUGGAUCCAGGGCUUUAUCCCGGACUAUACACCCCGGAUGCGAAAGCUCGAUCAGGCCGGUUCCUCCACGGUCUGGCUCGAUGUCGAUGGUCGCUUGAUUCGAGGGAUCUACAACGGCAGGGGUGUCAGCGUCGCGCGUUCAGACAACCUCGUCUGCUUCGAUAACUUCGAGCCCGAGUUCAUCGACGAAGACGAGAUCAUCAAGAAGACGGUGGCGAUUGCAUACGCGAUCCUCGUCUCGACGCUCGCCGCGGGCACGACGACGGUGCCCGACACCUCGCUGGGGUAUGUCGACGCCGAUGUCUUCGGGCCAGGGUUCAUGCUCGACAUCGAGGACUACCUCGAUGUCGAGAGCUGGUGGGAAGCCAUCAUCUCGGCGGAAGAGAGCCUGCCUGUCGAGCAGCUCGCGCUCGGCUUUGGUGGGGACUCGCCCGAGGUCCUCGACACGAUCAACAACGUCCUGCUCGGUCCCGGGGGAUUCCUCCUCACGAUCACAGAAGAGGGUUUGCUCGGGUGUCAGCGCUUCGAGGCCAUCGAUAUCCGCCAGCUUUGUGAGGCCUUCGAUAACGCGAUCACGGUCUUGUCCCCGGGGGAGGGCGGGGUGUUCGAGUUCCAGGCUGCGCUCGGUUCUGCCAUCGAUCAGGUCGUGGCAAAGAUCGGCGAGACACCGUGGCAGAAGCCCUCGAAGCAGACGAUCAACGUGUACGGGAGCCAACAGGGGUCAGGAACACCAGACUUCGCGGCGCCCGAGAGGAUCACCUUCGAUCUGCGCACGCUGAAGCGUGAGCACGCCAGCGAGAGCUUCGAUGGGGACAGGGGAGAUGACGCCUUGUUGGGGCUCCUGGGUUUUGCGAUCCAGGCGCACUGGGCGUCGCCGAGGCUCAGGGUCAGGACGCGGGAUUCCAAGCUCCAGGGCCUCUCGAAACCCUUUGACUUGGGGCGCUAUAUCACGAUCGAGGCAGGCUUCCCCGAGGACAAGAUCUUCCCGGUCCCGACGCAGGGAGGACGGCCCGAGUUUCACACGCUGCCACCGGAGACCGAGGACGUCAAAAUCCGGCUCACCGGGAUGCUCGUCUCCAGGGAUUGGAAGACAGACUCUCAGCUCUACGAGCUCACGCUCCUGCUUCUUAGCUACCGAAACGCGCUGGUGGCGAGGCUUCGCGCGCCAUCGAUGCGUCUCACCGGCUCCAUCGGUGCGAGUAACGUGCUUAUUGGCCCGCUCGAGUCGGACUACGGCUCGAACGUCGAGGACGGCAAGGGCUUCAAGGUCGGGGAUCAGGUCGAGCUCUGGCACCGGGAUGGCAGGCGCUGGGCAGACUCUGUGGUGCGCACGAUCACCAAGCUGCUCGAUGAAGCCGUCGAGGUCGAUGGCUGGUACGCAAGCGAUCCCGUGGGGGGCCUCGUGAUGAGGCUCGCACCCUCGACCACCUACAACAACGACGCGCACGUCGCUUGCUUUGGUAUGGCUGAUCUUUACAACGGGGAUGAAUUCAUCGCGAUCGACGAGGAGAUCCUCGAGGACUACGGGAUGGAGGACACCCACCUCGAUCACCUCUUCAGGAACCAGAACGCCUGGCUCAACAAGGUCGGCAACCGGGUUGGCUUUGGCUGGGUGAACCCGAACCAGAGUCACGACGCCUACACCGGGGACAGGGCAUACGCGAGCUGGCGCCCGCUCUGCAUCUUCUUUUGUGAUUACUACGUGGCGCCGGGCCUCAAGAAGCUGACGCUCUCGAUGGAGCUGCGCGUCUCGACUUCUGAUCCCGCUCCGCCAGGAGGCGCGCCAGCGGGUGAGAUUGAUCUCACCGUGGAGCUCGUCGGCUUCGGGGAGACCACGGUGCUUAUCCAGAGCGAUGCGGAUUACCAACACGUCGAUGUCGAGCUCGACCUCACCACGAUCCCGUCUUCGACGGCGCCGACGCUCCUGCGCAUCUGGAUCAAGAGCUACUUGCGGAGUGCCCAGGGCAUCGAUGCCGCGCGGUUCCAGCGCGUCGAGGUCGCGGGGCUUCGUCCGAUCGGCGGUGCGUUCUUUCCUGAGCCUCCGGCGACGGCGCCGCAUGCUGACUCGUUGGCCGAGCAGGUCAUGAUCAUCGAUAACGAGUUCCACGAGCUGCUCUCGCAAUCCGCGGGCGGUGGCGGGGGGCUCGCGUCUGCGGAUGUGUGGCCACCGCCACCGCCAAUGGUGUCGAUCGAUGAUACCGACGAGCGCGAGCCAGACCUCAUUUACCUGACCUACGCGCAGCUCCGUGGGUUCAACGUCGAGGAGGAGUUCGACCCCAGGAUCAUCUCCCAGAAGGCGAUCCGGGCAGAUAUCCCGGUGCGUGCCAGGACGGCGGCAAAGCAUGCGCUCGACUCCGCGCGUGGCGCGCGCCGCCCCAAGCUCCAUCUCCUCGGACACUACGGGGAGUAUGAUCCGGCGCCCGAGGGCUCGACGUCGGAGUGGCCCUACUACGAGCGCUGGCGUCACAUCGCGCAUGAUGGCGAACACAACAAGGUCGGCGGCAUCGGGCUGAAGAUGGUGCAGGAUUCCGUGAUGUUCACGGAACCCGCGCCACUCAUCGACAUCUUCUUCUGGGUUGCGCCCUGGUACGCCACGGAUCGUGAUCGCGAAACAGGGAAAGAGUUCUUCGUGGGGACCACGAUGAAAGAACUCGAGGAGGCGACCUUCGGGCUUUCCUGGACCUUUCGGGCUGAGUUCCUGGCGCUAGGCACCGCGUUUUCGUUCAGCGAAGACCUGGAGGUGACGCUCGGCCAUGUCCCGGCAUCUCUCGGCGGAACAUGGCCGCUACUCCUCCAGCUCCACAGGCGCCAUACCAGCGGUGCGAGGCGAGGGUACACCCUCAAGGAGGGUGCGCUCUACGACGUGGAUUUCGGGUUGCUCAUCCCGCUGCGGAUCACGCUGGAUGCGUCAGGGAUCACCGAGGCCCUUCGAGACAGGCCGAUGCGUUUCCUGCUUUCAGCGCUCCCGCAACCCUUCGGGGGUGGUGUCGCGUCAGGCUCAUUCGAGGGCCAGGCCAACACCACGAACACCUACCUCACGAUGGUCGCGUGCUCGGUGUGGGAGCGCCAUCGCUUCUAA